GUAUUUUUCAAGGGAAAAGGCAACCCCCCGCUCCCCCCUUCCCUUUUUUUUCUUUUCUUUUUUUUUUUCGCGCCGCUUCAGCCUGUCAAGAAGUAUGGCCAAGUUACGCAGCAGCUUGCUCCUUGGUGGUCCUGUUUGGUGGAUGUGCCUUCUUGCCGCUCGCUCCAUCUCAACUAGUACAAUAAACUACAACUCAUCAAGCGACUGCAAUGUCUCCAACAAGGACUUUGGGCCGCCUUUCAAUUCUACCGGCACAGUCUCAUUCAACCUCGGCAGUGGCGGCCACAACGGCACAAAACCGUGGUACCUGACCGUCGGGCUCAAGGACAAGCGGGAUCCCAAUGCUGUUUCUUACAAAGGCACGCAGACAGUGAACAGUUAUAUCAGCAUGCCGAACGAGUUCCUCCACAGCCUCGACGGAGGCUACACCAACUUGUGCGCUUAUCGUCUUGGCGAGCAGAAUACAACCGCAGCAGAAGGCAACGGCUCGUGCAACGGUGUGCUGAGCGCCGCAUGCACCAAGUACAUUCAGACCUUCCGAGAAACCAUGUCCUUCUCUAACGGUAAAUGCCCGGAGUUCUCCCCUGGGCAAGGCUGCGGCGACGAAAUCAUCGCGUCGAGCGCUCCAAUAAAUUUGACCAACACGAGCUCUAGUUGCUCAACACAUGGGCUUCCCGGGGUAGUUGAUAUACCCGAGAAUUUCACUACUCGCAGCCUAUUCGGAUUCGGCUGGCUCUAUGGAGACAGGGACAUCAACUCGUUGGAGUCGUACGACCUGCAUGUUCGUCAGCCAAACCCCGUGCUGCUCGCCUUCGGCUUGAAGCAGGGUCAUGGCCAAGAUAAAAGUAAUGACACCGUCUAUCUUGACCAAUUGCUCUGUGUUACGCCGGAUCAUAUUGCUGCUGGAAGUCAUGACCCAAAGUCCUCAGCGGCUGCGCCGCGAUUCAAUGAGGCAGUGUUGUUGGCAAUAGCGCUCAGCAUAGUUUAUGGCAUGCAUACUCUGAUGUAAUAUAAUGGUUAAUGACGUUACAUUAACUAACUAGCUAACUUGGGAGAAGGGCGUUAGUGGUUGUUUAGUGGCUAGUGAAAACCCUUGUGAAGAAGGCACACGCCAGUGAUGGAUAGAAAUGUAUUGAAACUGAAACAGAGCCUUGCAUCAGUUUCAGUCACUGAGACAGAAGUCUUUUUCGGUUUCGUUUCAUAUGUUUCACAUGAUUCAAUACAUUUACACCUAUUCCGGUGUAGCUAGUGGCUUUAACAGCUCCCUAUAAUGAAUCAUAUGGGUCAUAGGAUAUAUUAACUAAUUAUUUCACAGGUCUCCGAACUAAAAUCAUCCUUUAUAUUAAUAAAAUUUAUAUAAUUUUUUAUAAUAAAAUAUUAUCUAUAAGCAAG